AAUUAUCAUUAGUAGUAUAGACGUUGAGUUGAGGUGGUGGUGGUAGCAACAACAACAGAUCCUCCCAGAGUUCCUCUCAGGUCACGAGCAUAAUCCUCACCGGCGCUCUCAUCAUGCAAGUUCACCUCGCCCUCCUCGCCCUCCUGGGGCUCUUGGCACUCUCCCCAGUCUACUCUCAAGAUAACUGCACAACCAUUGACUCGUGUGAGGCAUGUACUUCUAGCCAUUGCAACUGGGUACAGUGUUACAACAUGCCUUCGAGUUGCCAGGCAAAUGAACCAGCAGAGGGCUGUCAAUUGAUUUCUUGUACGAAGAAUGUUACAACAACCGAGCCCCCGACUACAACAACCGAGCCCCCGACUACAACAACUGAGCCCCCAACUACAACAACUGAGCCCCCGACUACAACAACUGAGCCCCCGACUACAACAACUGAGCCCCCAACUACAACUACUGAGCCCCCAACUACAACAACUGAGCUCCCAACUACAACAACUGAGCUUCCAACUACAACAACUGAGCUCCCACCUACAACAACUGAGCCCCCAACUACAACAACUGAACUCCCAACAACCACAACCCCAGAAGCACCCACUACAGUAAUUCCUACCACAACUGCGGCACCCUGUCCCCCCACAAGAAGGCACUUUGAUGCAGCCAGCUUCUUUGGUGGCAUGGUGUUGGCUGUGGCUAUUUUGGCAGUGGCUUAUGCUGCUUGGCGUUUCUACAAGUCACGCAAUGAACGCAACUACCACACUCUGCAAACUGUGUACUGAUGGAACUGUAAGUGGAGCUGCUUAUCUUUUAUUUUUUAUUUUUGUAAACCCUCCCAUAGCCCUCUGCUUGAGAACGACAUCCCUUGUUUUGACUUCUUUUUAAGUUGCAGCACAAGUUGGUGUUGUUUCGGGAAAUAUUGAAACUGUAUGAUGAGAUCAAAGCCACAUUCCAUCGAACGGCUUUAAUAUUUUCUCAUAAAUAUAUCCCGUUCUUGUGAGUUCCUCGGUGUUGUUUGUUAAUUAAACCUUUGGGUUUUGUGAUAUAUUUCUGAUUAGGUGCUUUGACUCCUUUACAAAAUAUUGAUAGUGUUUUGUAAGGUAACUGUGAUUGUUCUCUUAAGUGACCAGUUGGUAUAGCACUCCAUUCUUACAGUUGCCAACCGAGAAUUUUCUGUGUGGAUUUUUUUCUGAAAUUCUUGGCAAAGAAAAUCAUAUUGAGAUAAAAUGAUAAUACUAUUUAAAACCAAAUUUGCUCAAUGGACAUCAGUUUUUAUUAAUAUAGAUUUCUGUUAUGUGUUAUAUGUUUCUUUUCCCACAACUAAUGGGCUAGAUAAAGUGCUGAGCAACUCCAUCUUGAAAUGAUUUUUGUAUUAGAUUUGUUGAGGCAUUGCACACUUUGAUAUUCCAUCAUUGUUCGGUGAAGCUCGUUUCGUAUCCGUCCCUUGCAAUAUCAAGGAAGUGCUCUUAGUGCCUUCACAUAUUCACAUAUAUCUGGCAACUGUAAUAGAGUAGUUAGUAGAGAAAGAAGACUAAGAUUUAUUUUUGUUUAGCAAUGGUUUGAUAUAAAAACGUUUAAUUUUGCAUGCAGUUAAUAGGAAUUAUUAUUCUUUGGUAGAGCAUGAUGUUGCAAUUUGGAUGUGGAAAGUGUGACUAGAGUAAAUUUUUCUUUUGUGAAUAAUUAUUAAUCUAUUAUGCAUCAGUACUGAUCUACAAGUAAGUAUAACAAUGAUAUAGCCUUCCUUAAAUGCCAUUUGGUUAUUGUUGCUAAAAGUUGAAGGAUGCCAGUGGCAUAGUUAUGACCAGAGAAUUAAUAAAACAAUAAAGUUGAGGGCGUAACAGCUAAAAAAAAAUAAUGCGACCUUGUGAUGGGUUUUAACCCGCAUUGCUGAAUUCGUCAAACACACGCACUAGUAACUGGACCAUGAUGAGAGCAUGAUGGUUCAAUCAGUAGUGUACGUGUCUGGGAAGUCCAGGGAUUCGGUUCAAUCCCCUUAUGCAACACUAUUUUCUCGUCACCACAUCACAUUGUUGUGAUUUCAUUGGAUAUAACAAAAAUGCAGGGUUUCAGUUGUGUGUCUCUCCAAGUCAUAUUUUUGGUAGUGGCUGGAAGUUGUCUUUGGGGAGAAUGUUAGGAUUUUACUUGACUAUUAUUUGAAAAACUUAUAUUAUCCUGAAAGUUGCUGCAUUUGUUGUGUAAAGUAUGGCUUUUGGGGUACUUUUCAAAAUUUUACAUCAAUGAUCUUUAAUGAUUUUUGAAAGUUUGAUGAGUAUUGAUACAUAUUUGCUUAGGAAGAAAAUUAUUGAGAAAGUAAAUUAAAGUAAAUAUUUUAGCAGCGUGCUGGCGUGAUCAUCUAUGUCGCUUAUUGGAAUUAAGGUUUUAUUUUACAAUGUAGAAUGUACUGUGAUUUGCAUGUGAUCAUUUGUUACCCACAUGUGAUGUAAUAUAGAUGUACAGUGAAGCAUUACAAAUCUGGACUUCACGUAACUUUAAAUUCCUAACAUAUUUGUCUAAAAUAAAGAAAUUUCACCACAUCAUGACAUUUACUUGACUUUUGACCAGUAAUUCAUUUUAGCCUUAGCCCAUAUCAAAGAAAAAAGUGAUGCUGUUAAAUCAACAUUAUUAGCAAGGCAAUAUCGGUCAAAAUAGUCCAACAGUGAGGUAUAGUAUAGUAUCUAAAAUCUGGAAAAACUCUCAAAAACCAGAAUUUUCUUUGUUUACCCAUUCCAUAGGUUCAGUCCUUUACUGUACAGUAUUAUGUUAUAUAUGUGAAACACAUGUUUUCUUUGUGCAAUUAAUAGAUUUUAGAAUGUUUUUAUAUACUAUAUAUAUAUGAAUAUUAGUUUAAUUCCUUAUUAUUCAAGACUAAUUAUUUCAUAAAUCAGAUUUUGAUUGUUUUAAAUCUUAUUUUAGGAUAUAAGAAAUGGUGGUAAAAUUGUGAGUCAAAUUAUAGUCAUUGGUAAGCUUUGCUGUUUGUUUAGUCUUUGCAUCAGAUUGUAAAUACAGUAUUGUAUUUAAUGUAGAUACAGUACUGUAUCUACAUUAAUAUGAAAACUAGUAUAAAUUAAAAAAUAAAUAGUAUACAAAGACCAUCCCGCUUUCCAAACCAGUCGGGACUGAAUUUGGUCAAAAAGACAGGUUUGUCUUUAUACCCAGAUGCACCCUCCCACCCCUGAAAAAUAUGGAUUUUAUACAGUAUUUGAGAAUUCAUCACAUUUCUGUACAGAAUCUUAAAAUACUGCAAAUUAAAGACCUUAUAAUAGGUAAAGCUAGGACAGCUGAGGUAAAAGUAACCCAAGCGAGUAUGCUCAUGAAGGGUCCAGGUGUUUGUCCAUAUACGAUCUUGUGAUGUCUAGGUUAGGGUUCAGACUGCACAAUUUCCUCUAAUCUGGAUAGAUACUUAACUUACUCUUUUUUUUUUUUUUUUUUUUUUUUUUUUUUUUUUUU